UGAUCUCCGGAAACACUGGCAGUCCUGAGUACCGCCCCGCAGUCUUGUCCUUCCGUCCUUCCAGACACCAGAAGUUCCGCCCCGUAGCUUGCAAGUCACCAAGUUCGUACUUCUGCGCAGGCGCCCUCAACCCACAAGAGGUUUGGCUCCUGGGGUGAAACCGCUUUGCUGCUAUGGCCCCUCCGUCGCUGUCACCGCCGCCGCUUUGCAUUCUGCCACCAGGCUCAGGCCCUCCCCGCUUCGUGUGCUACUGUGAGCUGGAGGAUGGUGGAGACCCGGACGGCGGCGGCUUUAACCUCUAUGUGACGGACGCCGCGGAGCUCUGGAGCACCUGCUUCUCGCCUGACAGCCUGGCAACGCUCCAGAAAGCCCGAUUUGGUCUAAGUGGGACUGAGGACAUCCCAUCCCGGUUCAGGGCAGCCUGCCAGCAGCAAGCAGUGACUGUAAGCCUGCAAGAGGAUAGAGCCUUGAUGACCCUCUCAGGAGACACCUCUGCACUAACCUUUGACCUCUCCAAGGUGCCCAGAACAGAGGCAGCCCCCAAGCUACAGGCUUUGACUCUUAGUCUGGCAGAGCGUGUGUACAACCUAGAGAGGCGGCUAGCAGCUGCAGAAGAGACUGCCACUAGUCCCAGGAAGAACACCCAUCCAGUGGGCCCUCAGAUUUUUUUACCAGAACUUGAUCACCAGAGAGGCAGCUCUGGACUUGGGGUCAGGAGACGGUGUCCAGGGGAGUCUCUCAUCAACCCUGGCUUCAAAAGCAAGAAACCAGCUGGCGGUGUAGACUUCGAUGAGACCUGAAAAUACAGAAGAGCCUGUGACCUUGCCAGGAGCCUGUCUACAAGGAAAGGGGUAGAUCUGAAACCCCCACCAAUCAGAGAAACCCCUUGCUUAACUUGCUGACUGGUCCUACUGUUGGGCAGGAAUGCCUCUCAUCCCUUCCUGGUGAAAUAAACUGCUCUCUUGGGUAGAAA